UAUCCUCUGUCUCCAGUCUCCUCGAUGAUGAAUCUGUUGCAGCAUCAUCAUCAUGUUUAUUUUAACUUUAAGAAUCCUUGUAUAAUAAAUCAAACUGAUCGGGGAGUGUUGGUGUCAGUGUCAUUGAGAAGGGAAUCAUCAGAAAGAGAAAGUGUGGCAGCACGAGACAGAGUAAUAGAAUUCGGAAAAUACAAAGGGAAGAUGCUAGGAAGCCUUCCGUCGAGGUACCUGAAGUGGGUAUGCAAAAACUGUAGAGCAGGGAAUUUUGAGGAGUGGGGUAACCUUGCAGACAAAGUCCUUAGAGACCCAAUCUACAGAGACCGCAUCGAGUGGGAGUUAGCUCUCAAUGUGUUGAAUGGCAAUAAUGUCAAUGUCAACUUUUCUUCUUCUUCUUCUUCUUCUUCUGAGCUCGUGGAUAUAAGUGAGAGGUUUGGUUGGGAUAACCUAGACAAGCUUGGUUGGGCUAAAGUUGAUUUUGACCUUCUCGGCACUUCUAAAGGUGGUAGAAUUCCAAGACGCCAACAUCACCCACCACCUGCCUCACAAUCACUCUCUCAACCUCAACCUCAACUGCGGAACACUAGCACUAGCACUAGCACUAGGAGGAUGGAAAGAAGAGAAAGGCAGAAAAUGAGAUCGAAGACAGAAGCAGAAGCACAUCAACAACACAUGCUCGUGGAUGAUGACGACGAGGACGACAAGGGACAGACUCAGAAUCAGAAUGGCAUUAAUGCCAACCCAUUCCCUGGACGUCAGGCCCUUCUGCGGAAGGCCAUAAACCGCCGCACAAGAACAUGAUAGGUUUUUUUUUUUUUUUUUUUUUGAAAUAUUCCAAUUGAUUCAUCACUUCGUGACUAAUCCUAUUCAAGACUAGAAUUAAUACUUUAAACUCCUCCUCAAAAAUGAUACUGAAAAAAGUGGAGAAUUGAACACAUGCUCUCACCCUGCCUGCUCAACUUCAAUGCCCUAAGUGAGUUAUGACCAUUUGGUAGGUUUUUCUUUUCUAAAUCUUGCUUCUCAC